CGACAGCUAGUUCAGCUAGCUAAGCGUUAGCAAGCGACAGCUAGUUCAGCUAGCUAACGUCAGCUACCCGUCCUGCUAGGUAUAUUUUCUGUGAUAUAAGGGCACGCUCAGCGUGGACAGCAGGUAAAACAAUGGUUACUCGGGCAGAUCGAUGAGACGCCUCCGAGCAGAGAGAAACCCUGCCAGUGGUCAUUCAGUAACGAUAUACGAGAAACAGGAACUCCGUUUUCACGUUACGGCGGAUGUGACAACUCUGCCGCAAGCUAUGCGUCUCUUCCGCGAGCUGAAUACUUUUAAAGCAAGAUGUUACAUGUUGGGAUUCUUACACAUGAAAUGCAUUUUAUUCUAAGGGUAGUUUACAACUGGCUCUUAAGAGGGCGAAUAAAGCACCAACCGGCUGCUGAGUACAUCCGGGUCAGAGGGUUUCAGUCGUGUUAGCUAACGUUAGCCGAACAGCUCGCAUGUCUCUGACUUCGACUUUUUUCGUUUCUUCUUCCAUUAAGCCUGUCAUCGAUCAUGAUCAGGACAGUGCUGCUGUGCAGAUUUACUUCAAAUAUCCUCCUUCAGACAUCCUGCUCCAGAGGAUCAUGUCUACUUACAGGUCGGACAACUUAUGGGGUGCAGCCUCAUUCACCAGGCCGCACACCCUCUCAGCACAGCUUCCCGGGACCCCACCUACCUAAAAUCACAGCCCUGGUCAGGUGCUCGGACGCUUCCGCAAACAGAUACUCUUUGAUUUACACCCUGCCGCACAUUCGGCUCCUCAGAGCCGUGUCCAGGCUGAAACUGCUGCAAACUGCAAUCACCGUGGUCAUCUUGCCCCCCGUGUACCUCUUCUACUUCCAGGGAGCCGUCCCGUUCGCUCUUGUCAGCUACACAACUGGUAUAGCGUUGCUUGCUGGUGUCAUGCUCUUCACUGCCAGUCACUUCUUCAGGAGGGUUGUGGGGAUGAUGUACCUAGACCCUCCUCAGACCACGCUCAAAGUGUCCCACCUCACCUUUUGGGGCAGGCGCCAUGACCUCUACCUCCCCGUGUCAGAUGUUAUGACCAUCGGGGAUACGGGCGACUCUGUCAACGAGACAAUAGUGAAACUCAAGAGAUUCAGCAGUCCACAGACGCUGUAUUUCUCCACUCGUUUUGGACGUGUGGUGGACAAACAGGCUUUUGAGAAGGUGUUUGGAACUUACAAAUGAUAGUUUGCUCAAAAUGUACGAAUAGUCAACAAUGAAUUGUCCUAAUAAUACGGUGUAACUUGUUAUGAUGAGGAGGAUGUGUUCUCUUGUAAGACUGUCGCUAGUAUAAACAUUGAAAUAAGUUAGCGGUCUUUUGUCUUAUGAGUCCACAGUGAAUAAUUAGCUAAUUCAUGAAUAAAGCUCGUGGCUGGAUUGUAAAUAUAGAUAUUUGUUGGACUACUGAGUGACCACUACCGUAAGAGUACAGAUUCAUUUGGUUUUCAACCAGGGACUUAACGCGUGAAGGAAAAAAACUGUGACAAAAGUAAAAGAAACCCACUAGAAACUGUGUUUGUGUGUGGAAAGUAACUUAUUUUUUAAGGAGCUAAUUGCAAAUCCCAUAUGUUCUGCUGUCUAGUUUAGGAUUUUGAAGUUUUGCAAAAACACACAUCCAUGACACUUAAUCCAUGACACUUAAGAUAAUCUUCACAAAUAUACAACACGAUUUCAUUUUGAAACAAAAAGCCGAUUGUCAGAAAUCAAAAGCUUUAAAAGCUUAAGGCUGUAAACAGGCUUUGGUUGUCUGAUUUAGUCACUUGUUAGCAGCCGACUCUUGAAAGACACGUAAAGGAUGAAACAUUUCCAGAAGGGUCAUUUAAGAGACCUACUUAGAUACCGUUCAGUCAACCGGCAGUUCCCUCAACACAAAGUUCUUGAAACAUCCUAAACAGCUUUUAAAUCCGCGUUUGAUGCACAGCUUCGUUCCCACAGACGCUGCAGUCUGAAAUGAUGCUGUACACCAAACUAGCGUUAAAGGAUUUUCUGGGGCGCCUCAUUCCAACAUCUGUUUGAAAUGAGCAGCACACUCGGCCGAUCUUCAUGUUUCGACCCCGACCACAAUGUGGCAGCAGCAUGCAGCAAAAGGCUCCUGUGUAGCAAACCCAGCCACUCUUAUUGUCCCUCUCUUAAGUACUAUCUGUUGUGGAAUGAUCGCAUGGACCACGAUGCAUUUGGACAAAUUUGGUAAAAUUCAAUCCAAAUGCAUCGUGGUCCAUGCGAUAAUGGGCCACAGGCCCUAGAACAAGAUGUUUAAAUGUUUUCUGCUUGUGUUACCUACACAUAUUCAUUGUUGCAUUGUAUCUAUCAGCUGGGCCGAGUGUCACUUUAUGAAAUGGUGACUAUGUUCUGUAUUUCUCCUCUAGCCUGACAUAUGAAUAUGUAUAUAAACGUGAUUAUGCACAGCGAGCACCACCAUCAUCCAUCGGAAACGUUAAACCUCAUGAUGGUUAACUAUUCAGUUAUAUCCCAACAUUCUUCGCAAAGGCUUGAAUACAAAUAAAUAAACACGAAUGGUUUGUAUUCUCGCUGUUUAGAUAACAGCUGUUUAAAAUCUAAACGUCAGUCUGAAAUGUGCGACAGAUUGAACUGGAUGUUGUUGUGCGGUUGCCGUCACACCCCAGAUAAAAAACAUAACAAAAAACCACCCAGUCCACCUGUGGGCUUCCAGAAGAUUACUUGAGAACACGAACAAAGGAACAAAGGUCCGGGAAUGGAGUUUUUUCCUCUACAAAGAUCUCUGUGCAUUGAAAGGGAUUCUGGCAGCCCAACGGACUUCUUUCAUGUCUUGAAGGGCCCUGGAGAGUCCUGCCCCACUGAAGGAAAACCCCACUUAGUUGUUGCUGUCCUGCUGCAAAACGUGCAACUACAGACCCACCUCUGUUUGUUUUUGUCAUUGUUAAUAACAGAGACGAGCUUCCUAUGAUCAACAAUAUUGCAUUGACCUCGACUCCAUCCCCGCUGGAUUGAUUCUGCUUUCAUAUUCAAUACAAUUUCCUGUGUUUAUGAA